AUGUCAGAAGUUGAGAAAGGUUAUCAUGAUUAUGAGACGAUAAAGGACCCAGAGUUGUUAGAUUCCUACGACGCCAUCUUGAAUGAUUCACAAUCGCAAGUGUCUGAGGUCGAUGCCGAAGCUGCGACCGCAAAUUUGGCAGCUGAACUAGGCAUAAAUCACAAGAAGCUCAUGUGGAAGAUCGAUAUCUGUGUAGUGCCUCCCUUCUGUCUCCUUUACUUUUUCUCCUUCUUGGACACGGUAAAUAUCUCCAAUGCCAACGUUUAUGGCUUGGCCACAGAGUUGAAGUUGACUGGGAAUCAGUACAAUACUGCAUUGACCUUGUUUUUCGUUCCUUACAUCUUCUUCGAGGUGUUGGGGAACUACUGCAUCAAAUUUGUUAGACCACACAUAUGGCUUUCCGGUUCAGUGUUUUUGUUUGGAGCGAUUACAGUUGGUAUGGGAUUUGUUGAAAAUUUUGGGGCUUUGGCUGCUACUAGAUUUCUUUUGGGGAUGGUUGAGUCGGUGUUGUUUUGUGGGAUUUUUUACUUGUUGGCAUGCUACUACACGAAACAGGAGGCACAGAGGAGAUUCUCUGCCUUCUUUUCAUGUACAGCAUUGUCAGGUGCUGCUUCGGGUGCUAUUGCUUACAGAGUUGAUGCGAUAGAUGGGUUGCAUGGUAUAAGUUCAUGGCGUUGGAUUUUCAUCUUGGAGGGCUGUGCUACAGUCAUUGGAAGUUUUAUUUUGUUCUUCAUCAUCGCUGAUUUCCCGGAAGAGUCGAGGUUUUUGAAUGAAAAAGAGCGCAAGUUCAUCAAACAGAAGUUGGAGUGGAGUUCGGGUGCCAGUUCUGCAUUUGAAAUCAAGAAUACUUGGAGAGACGUGAUCAAGUGUCUUAAAGAUUGGUUGAUUUGGUUGCCAUCAUUGUCAUAUUUCGGUUUGAUCAUUCCAUCUUAUGGGUAUGCUUAUUUUGCUGCAACUAUUAUUAAUCAAAUGGGCUACACCGCUGUUUCAGCCCAACAACACUCUGUUUACCCUUGGGUUUGUGCAUUUGGCGUGAUUAAUGUUGUGGCGUUUGCAUCAGACUAUUUCAAAAGGAGAUUGCCAUUCCUUAUUGGUGCGAUGGUUGUUGCCAUUGCUGGGUUAGCAAUGAUUUUGGGUGCUACUGAUAAGCCGCUGGUUAGAUAUGGGGGUUGUUUCUUGGCUGCUAGUGGACUAUACACCGCCAUGCCGUUGAUUGUAUGUUGGGCAGCAUUAAACAACGGAUCACAUCUUCGGAAGUCAGUAGGAACAGCUUGGCAAAUUGGAUUUGGAAACAUUGGUGGUAUCAUUGCUACAUUUAUCUUUUUGAGUAAAGAUGCUCCUGUUUAUAAGCCUGGAUUGAGCACCUGUCUUGCGGCUGUUUGUUUUGCCAUGGUGACGGCAGUUGCUUACUACUUGUACUGCUUGCAUAUGAACACGAUCAAACAAACAGAUGCCUACAAACAAAAGUUUAAUGAGUUGCCUGAACGUGAACAGGUUAACCUUGGUGAUAGAAACCCAAGAUUUGUUUAUUUGUAUUAG